GACACUGCGGUCUCUGCGCUCCAUUGAUACACGUUCGUACUUCUUGGGGGCAUACUUUUGAGGUUGUUGCGAGCAAAAGGGGGGUAAGAGCUCCAGCCCAUUGGAAGUAUUCGGUAUAGAGGCAUGGAACUGAGUUUUGGGCGUGUUAUUCGUACAAAUAGGACUGGUAAUGACUAACCGAUAGUAAACUUAACUUUUCCGAGACCCAAAGUUGUCAGGCAGCGCAUCUUGCACGCAUGCGCAUCCUUCUAUCCAGCUCUAAAUAAGAGUUAAAACAGAAACGAGGUUGGGGAUAUCAGAGGAGUGGGAAUGACUGACACUCCACCAAGUGACGGCCCCUCCCAGGGUGCCGAGUUUGAUAUGAUGGGUGCUCUGGACUGGAAGGAUGGAAUUGCCACACUGCCAGGCAGUGACAUCAGGUUCCGCAUGACAGAGUUUGGGACCCUUGAGAUUGUCACAGAUGUAGAGGUCAAAGGCCAGGAGGCACAGCCUAACUCUGAGACUUUGGACCCAGCACAGUCUCAAACUCCCACCCCUCCUCCAGAGAGCCAAUCACAGACUGGCACAGCCACACUGCUAGCUAAUCAGAUUCAGCCAGGUUCAUCACAAGUUAAAGCCCCCCGUCCUGUGCUUCUGUCUUUAGAAGAGGGCCCCAGUAUGGAGGGCCCUAGUGUAGAGGUUGGUCCCAGUGUUGAAGUUGGCUCUAAUGCAGCAGACAUGGGCCCUAAUGGAGAGAUGGCAAGGUGUCGGGCAUGUGGUGGCAGCGUUUCCCAUGAUGCCCUCUUUCAGGGCAAAUUCUGCAGCUCCAUUUGUGCUCAGCCCUCCAGCGGCAGAUCAUCUCCAGGGGAGGCAAGAGAAAAUCAAGCAGUAGAGGGUGAGAGGCUGGGCAAACGUGUGCGCAAAAAGAGGAAGAUUUACAUGGAUUCAGGUGAUGAAGAGGAAGAUAAUCAAGAAGAACUAGAGGAAAAAAUAAAGUCUACCAAAGGUAGAAGAGGUGCCAAAAUUGCUAAACUGGCAACUGCCCCAACUAAUAAGAAACGUGCAUGGAGUUGGCCUGCAUACUUGGAAGAAGAGAGGGCGAUCGCCGCUCCUGUUAAACUAUUCAAAGAGCACCAGUCGUUUCCUCAAAGUAGGAACAGCUUUAAGGUGGGAAUGAAGUUGGAGGGGCUGGACCCAGCUCACCCGUCUCUUUUCUGUGUGCUCACUGUUGCUGAGAUCCAAGGCUACAGGGUAAGACUUCACUUUGAUGGUUACCCAGAGUGUUACGACUUCUGGGCAAAUGCAGACUCAUGGGAUAUGAAACCCGCCGGUUGGUGUGAGAAGAAUGGACACAAAUUAUUGUUGCCUAAAGGCUGCAAAGAUGGAGAGUUUAAUUGGAGCAUGUAUGUAAAGAACUGCAGGGGUCAGCUGGCCCCAAAACACCUUUUCAAGAGCCUCAACACGUCUGUAACGCCAUCUGGAUUUAGAGCAGGGAUGAAGCUAGAGGCGGUCGACAGGAAGAACCCGUCGCUGAUCUGUGUAGCUACUAUCGCUGCUGUUGUGGACAAUCGAUUGCUCAUUCAUUUUGACAACUGGGAUGACACGUAUGAUUACUGGUGUGAUGCUAGCAGCCCAUACAUCCACCCUGUGGGGUACUGUGAAGAUGCUGAGUUAACUCUGACCACCCCAGCUGGUAAGACACAGACCAAGACACACGUGGAAUAUAAACAACCCAAAAGUUUCUCCUGGGAGAAAUACCUGGAAGAGACAGGCACACAGGCUGCUCCAGCUCGAGCUUUCAAGCCGCGACCUCCUCAUGGCUUCCAGUUUGGUAUGAAGGUGGAGGCUGUAGAUAAGAGGAACCCCAUGCUCAUCCGCGUUGCAACAAUAGUGGACACAGAGGACCACAGACUAAAAAUUCAUUUUGAUGGCUGGAGUUCAGAGUAUGACUACUGGGUAGAGACUGACUGCCCUGAUCUGCACCCCGUCGGCUGGUGUCAGAAAACCGGACACCCGCUACAAUAUCCUAACAGCUCCAGUGAAUUAUUGACCGCCCCAGGACAAGGAUGUCCUACCCCGGGAUGUAAUGGGGUUGGUCAUAUUAGAGGACCUCGCUAUGGGACGCACUACACGUUAGUAGCACCCAACAGCCAGGUGAGCUGUCCAUACUCAGAGAUGAACCUGAACAAAGAGGGUCUGCUGCCAGAUCGCCUCAGCGGGGAACGACCUCCUGCCAUCAGUGGACCUCAUCCUCGGGGUCGACGCCCUGAUUCUCAAACAAUAGCUACGACACCAACCUCCUUAAAUCCAGAGCAGCCAGAGGGGGCUGAUGACACUCAGAACAGGAAACCAGUGACAGUUGAAGCUGAACGUUCUGGACGCAAUAGCCAGCAAGAGCCAGCAGGUGGAGCCAGCGAGCAAAGCCACAAUGGAACAAGGCCUAAACGGACUGCUCCAGUUCCUAAAUAUCUGAAAAUGCACUAUGUGAAAGAGGAGAUCGGUGAUAGUAAAACCACUCCAGACGCCAUCUCUCUCCAGCAGGCCCUCCAUGAGUCCGUAUUCUCCCCCGGCAUCUCCGCCUCCCCCCCUCACCGAGUGGCUCUCUGCUGGGACAAACACUGCCAGCUGCUGCCUGAGGUCCUGGGGCUGACUGCCAAGAGAGUGGCCACUUGGAGCGCCGAGGAGGUUGCUGGUUUUGUCAAAGGAUUGCCAGGAUGUAAAGAACAUGCUGCUACAUUUAAAACAGAGCAAAUAGACGGAGAGGCCUUCCUGCUGCUUACCCAAGCAGACAUUGUCAAGAUCCUGUCAAUCAAGUUAGGACCCGCCCUGAAAAUCUACAACUCCAUCCUCAUGUUAAAGAACGCGGACGAGGAGUAGCAGCGAUUCUCUCUGCUCCGGUUUGACCAACACUUAGCUGAAGACCUUUGAUCAAAUAAGCCAGAACUGGUGUUAUCUGUCAAACUGCAGUUAUACACAAGAAUGAGUGGAAGCCAUCUUCUUGGAAAAAUGUCCAUGACCCUGCCUUCCCAUUCCUCCCCUCUCUCCAUGACAGACAUCUGAUGAACCUUGAGAGAGAGAUUCACAUGAAACUACAAGAAUACAUCGACUUAUAAUGUGUUUGUUUACUGAAUUAUUAAAAAAAAAACAAAACCUCUAGGCACCUUCAAGGAUUCUUACCAUUGUACAGUUUCUGGAUUGGAUUUCUGGAUUUAGUGUCAUGUUUUUUUUUUUUUGCAUUUGCUUUUUUUGCUUUAAACUGUACUGGUGCUUGAGCAUACAGCAGAUAAACAAGCACCUUUGUGCUUUGCUGCUUUUUACUUGGCAACAUCACAAUUUUUUUAAGCUGCAAAAUACAAUCGUGAGGCGAUGAGAUUUUUAAAUGUGAAAAUCAACAGAGCAGAGGCACUAUAUUUUCAGCCAUUGUCCUGUAGGUGGAGAGAGUGAGCUGCAUCACAGGCCCAGAGGCUAGAGAGUUUGUUUAAACUGGAGUUGGCUGAAGCUGAAAGAGGGGAGUGUAAACUUUGUGUGUGCAGAUGUGACUAAGUGUGUUUGAGAAAUGAGCAUGUAUUUUCCCACCAGACUGUGUUUGUUGGUUUUCUGGUCAAAGGAUUGUUUUGUGACAAAGCAGGGCUAAGGGCUAAACCCUAAAUCACAGAAACUUGCAGUCUUUCAAGGUGGAAGGAGAAGAUGAACCAGCUCUGUUUCCUUUUUUUGUUUGUUUUUUUGAGAGAGGCACAUGAAUAUGAAUGUUUAAAAACAGCUUUUAGUUGUUUUGUUAUUGAUCGUCUCAUUGUAAAUAGUAUACAUCUACAAAAGGACUCCACUCGCUCCCUAACAGUUUUACUCCUGCUUGGUUAUGCAAAGGCUUGACGUCACGUCUACAGGGAAGGACGCUGGCAGUGAACUGAAAAAUACGAGCCUCAACUCAUACCUAGAUUUUGAGAAAACAAAACCCUGUCAUUGUCUUUGUAAAUCAGCGAGUACUUCUUCAGCAAGUUGGAAUGUGUAAAUCAGCAACUGUUUAUAUGCAAACAGCUUUUAUUUAUGUAUUCUAAUUUAAGGUAAUGGUACGCUGUUUUGGCUCUGACGUGUCUGUUGUUGUUUGAUGGAAUGGGUGAAAAUAAAUGAGAUGCACACUG